AUGAGCUGCCUUCCAGUCUUCAAGAAACUCGGCAAAAUCCUCAAGAAAAAAGUCGGCGAGUACUCGCCCAAGAAGAACGAGCCAGACAGAGAGGAACUCCUUUACUGCAUUCGAAGACAGCCCAUCGUCAAGAGCGAUGGGCUGAACCAAACGACCGGUUACAACCUUUCAACCGGUUCUUUCGAUUCGAGCAACUACAGUGUCGGCUUCUGGAUUGUAUUGACGCUGCUGAUCGUGUUAGCGGUGUCCGUUUGGUGUUGCUGCAGUAAGGAUAUCAAGCGUUAUGCGUGCAAUGCCUGGGAGAGUGGCUGUGAUUGGAUCUACUCCGUGUGUCCCUGCUGCCCGGACAUUGAUGACGAGCAAGGCGACGGGUACCUUUUGGAACCGCGUGACUUGAGUCUACGAUCUAGCUCAAACAGAGGAAGACCGACUGUAGUUGAGAAUGCAAAUUACGUCAGAGGAAACGCGAAAAGUUCAAAAAACGCACCGCCUAAAAAUUCGCGAAUCGAGGAAGAAUUUGAACGCGGCGGAAGCUCCGGCCCGCCUCGAGUUCCACCGCCGCCCGCUCCAACACGCUCUCGCGCGGCGAGAAAAAGCGCCAGCCGCCGCACGUCUAAGCCCGCGCCCAAACGCAUUCCAAAGCAACUUGUUCUUCCUCGACCCAAAACCUAUGAGCCGAAAUUCGAGUUUUCCCAAUCGGACGAUGAAGACGACUGUUGCGAGACUUCGCCGCUCAACAAGCCGCCGAGCUGUACGGCACCCCCGCGCCCUAAACCUCCUCAAUUAACGAAAAUCGAAACGGAGGAAGAAACCACACAAAUCACAAAAGAGGAUACGCCCCAGAAUAUUAAAAAAGAACCUAAUGAGGGUUCGUGGGUUUCGAACCUUUUCGGCAAAGCACUCAACUUAAUUCCGGCUCUCCCCGCUCCAGUCCAUCAAGCGGACGCAAAAGUCGAGAUAAAAAAUGAAAAAGACUGCAAAGAAGAACUUGCUUGGUCGCCCCCAACCGCCGAAACCAUCUUGGCCCAACCAAGCGUCAAAGUUGAAAAUGAACAAAUGACUCCUGUUCAAACUUUCUCCGCCCCGUCUCUCUCCUUGGCGGAAGUCGACCCUGACGAGAAAAAUGCGCCUAUCGUCGCACUUGCAGACACAACCGCUUUCAAUGGUUUUGAUGAAACCGUUUUUCCCGUCGACACCACCGCCACCGCCGAGGGCGUUGACGACGGCGACAAUGUCUCAUUCUGCAGCGAAAUUACGCCACAACAAACUCCAGAGCAACCACAUCGCGCACUUCCAGACAUUGUGUCUGAUCACGAGUCGCCAGUUAUUGCGGCUCCAAAGUGUCCCUCGGCGCCCAAGAAAGAAAAAGUUAUCUUCUCACGAUACGGCCGCCGCGUGCAAGCACCAAAAAGAUUCGAGUCUUGA